GCCCCUCCCGCCUUCCUGGUCCUGAUCUAGUGCCUCUGGAGGAAGUUAAAGCCCCGCGUGAUUCCGGGAGCUCCCAGUUCCCGCGUGUGCUCCUGCAUGUCCAGCGCCCACCAUGUGGCCCCUGGUCCUGCUGUGGGGCUGCCUUUUGCUCCCAGGUUAUGGAGCCGUGCUGGGCCCCAAGGAGAUCACUGCGUUUGAAGGCAACACGGUGUCCCUGCAGUGCACCUACCAGGAGGAGCUGAGGACACACCGGAAAUACUGGUGCAAGGAGAAGGGGUUCUUCCUGUCCCGCUGCUCGGGUAUUGUCUAUGUGGGAAAAAAUGGCCAGGAGACAAGAAACGACAGGGUGUCCAUCCAAGACAGCCCCCAGACGCUCACGCUCCACGUGACCCUGAGGAAUCUCACCCUGCAGGACACCGGGAAGUACUUCUGUGGGGUCUCCAAACUGGGCCCAGAUGAGACUUUCCCGGUCUCUCUGCUUGUCUUUCCAGGUCCCUGCUGUCCUCCCUCCCCCACUCCCUCCUUCCAGCCUCUUACUACAAGGAGCCUCCAGCCCAAGGCAAAAGCUUGGCAAACUGAGCCCCCAGAAUUGACUUCUCCUGGUCUCCACCAAACAGUCACCACAACCAAGCAGGGGAAGACAGGGGCCAAGGCCUCUCCGUUCACGGGGACUUCCCCAUACGGGCACGCAGGAACCUCCCCAGACCCAGGAACCUCUCCGUACGCGGGGACCUCUCCUCAUGAAGCAACCUCUCCUCAUGCAGGGACAUCCCGUCCAUUCACACAGCUGGACUCCACCUCCGCAGAGGACACCCAUCUGCCCCCCAGCAGCAGCAGCUCCAUGUCCAGGGUCUCCAUCCCAAAGAUCCGCAUCUUGGCCCCGGGCCUGGUGCUGCUGGCCCUCCUCCUGGCCGCAGGCCUGGUGGCCCUCGGCAGCUAUCUGCUCCGCUGGAGGAAGGAAGCUCAACUGGACGCAGAGACACAGAGGAACGAGAAGGUCCAACUCUCACACUUGACUUCAGAGGAAGAGGAAGCCCCUUCCCAGGACCCGGAGGGGGACAUGAUCCCAGGGCCUCCCCUCCACAUGUCUGGGGAGGAGCUCAGCUUCUCGAAGUUCAUAUCAGUCUAGCGGUGCCCUCCAGGCCCGGCCGGCCGGGAAUCUGAAUGGCUGCAUUUGCGCUAACUCCCAUAAGCUUUCCUCCACAGCUUCAGAGCUUGCCUGCCAGACUCCGGGCUCUCCCCUGCCAUCCCCAGGCCCUCCUCCUGCAUGCCCAGCCUGACCCGGAAGUCUUUGUCAGCCCCGGGGCCUGCAGUGGUGGCCUCACAGAAUGAGUGGGACCCUGGGACCUCCUCGGUAUGUGCACAUUGGGGCAGGGCGUGCAGCUGGAGCUCGCCAGAGCCAGGCAAGGCUCAGGAGAUCUGGUCUGAGUUUGUAUCCGUUACAAGAAAUCCUCUGCGGCCGGGUGCCCAGCAAAAGACCCCCACCUUCUUCUCCCUUCCUUCCAUCCUGACUCAGCACCACUUUCUCCUGCAUAAGUGGGCGAGGAGGAGGAGCAUGCUGGGAAUAGAUGGGGUUCUGAGUUCUCAAAAUGGGACUGCAUCCCAGUCCUUCGGGAGGCUGGUUAAAAAUGUGACUCCUGGGCUCUACCAAGACCUACCAAAACCCUCUCUGGGGCUGGACCCACAGCUUUGCAUUUCUAACUAGUGUCCGAUGACUCUAAUACUUGAAUUUGAGAAGCAGUAGAUUCAGGUUCAUCCACGUUAGAGUCUGCAUUUGGUGUGUGGGGUCUCCCACCUGCCCCCCCCCCCCCAUAGGGGCUUCUCUGCCUAAGACACCAUGACCCAGCUAGGGGCUUUCCUGGGCCGGUCCGAGUCCAGGCCCAGGUCAGGUGCGCAUUGGAAAGGGGUGAGCCCAGGACUGACGGAGGGGUUACAUUUCCCAGCUCCCCACCCAGCCCUGCAUCCCAGGCUUUGGAAGGAGGCCGGAGAAAAGCUUGGCUCCUUCCCUGUUGAGAAAGGGUUAAUUGCCUGUGGGUUGGGGUUAGGGAGGGGUAGGAAAGCACAGGGUGUGGGUGGGCAUCUAAAAGGCAGGAGAGAGAGGACAGGGCAGGAACCUAGGAGGAACCUGAAGGUGACUCUGAGUCUGGCCCCCUGGAGAUCAGGAAGCAGGAGGGGGUAGAAUAACAGGAUUGCUAUUUUUUCUUUUUUGACUUUCUUUAAAAAGUGAAAUGGGUGGUUCCUCAGUAUACAAAAGUUAGAACCAUGGCGGGGAGGAGAAGAAAAUUCACUCAGGCUCACCAUUCCCCCAGAUAAUCACAGCUGCGUUUUGUUGCAUUUCCUUCCUGUUUUUUUACUCCACAUCAUUUGCUGGUGUUCUCUGACAAAUUAGUUUGUAUAUACAACUUUAGAUCCUGCUUUUUCCACGUAAUUUUUUUUUUUUAAGAUUUCUAUUUGUAAGUAAUCUCGACACCCAACGUGGUGCUCAAACUCACAACCCCAAGAUCAAGAGUCGCACGCUCCACUGACUGAGCAGCCAGGCGCCUGCCCACUUAAUUCUUAUAAACAUUUCUCCAUGUUUUACCAACGUUUAUAAAUAAAAUGUGCAUCAGCUCUCUGAUA